UGCAAAUUUCUAUGAGAGAGAAAGAGAGUCUGUGUCCUCGGCUUCUUUGAGUGGAAACACAUGCUAAUAGAAAGAAAAAUGCACUGAAGAAAAAGACAGAGGAUGGAGGAAUAUUCCAGUUUCUUUACACCUUUCCUGCUUAACUUAAUGUGUUCAUGCAACUUGUGUAUUAUUUGAAACUUUAUUGCUGCAUGCAAACUCAGAGAAUUGUUUCUGUAUCACACAAAAUGUGUGUAUUUGCAUGUGUGUUUGCUAUAUCACAUACUUCAUUAUGCUUGCCUUUGAACACUGAACUGCUGAACUUCCCUUGAAGUUUUCCCCUGUAGCAUGUGGCUCUGAUUUGGAUUAUUUGCUAGACUUGUUUUCGAGCUCUGUGCUCUUUUGAAGUUGUUUCAGUUAUAGGCCAUUGUGCAGAAGGAUGGAUUCCUCUGCACUUCACUUUCUUUUACUUCUGAUUUUCACCACCUUCUCCCGUGUUCUUGCUGGAAUGGACUCUUGUUAUGAUGAGGAGGGCGUCCCGAGCCGCUGUUUGCCUAACUUCGAAAAUGCGGCCUUCAAUCGUUCUGUUAUCGUUUCAAAUGUGUGUGGUAUCCCACCAGAGGACUAUUGCAUGCAGACAGGGUCCACACGCUCAUGUCACCACUGUGAUGCCUCGGACUUGGAACUGAAUCACAACGCCACUUACCUGACUGACUUCCACACGGAUGAAGAGCCCACCUGGUGGCAGAGCCAAUCCAUGUUCUAUGGAGUUCAGUAUCCUAAUUCAGUCAACAUCACACUGCAUCUAGGCAAGGCCUUUGAGAUCACAUAUGUCCGUUUGAAGUUCUACACCAGCCGACCAGAGAGCUUCACCAUCUACAAGCGUACAGAGGAGAAUGGACCAUGGCAGCCAUACCAGUAUUACAGUGCUUCUUGUCGCAAGACGUAUGAGAGGGACAAUAAGGGCUUCAUACGUCCAGGCGAGAGGGAAAGGACGGCCCUCUGCACGGAUGAGUUUAGUGACAUCUCUCCACUUACCGGCGGAAAUGUGGCCUUCUCCACAUUGGAAGGACGACCCAGUGCCUACAACUUUGACCAGAGUGCUGUGUUACAGGACUGGGUGACGGCUACAGAUAUUCUCAUCUCUCUGGACAGAUUGAACACUUUUGGAGAUGAGUUCUUCAAAGAUGCUAAAGUGCUUCGCUCGUAUUUUUAUGCCAUAUCUGAUUUCUCCGUGGGGGGCAGAUGCAAGUGUAAUGGCCAUGCCAGUCACUGCAUGACCAAUGAGGAGGGUAGUUUGGUGUGUGCUUGUGAGCACAACACUGCAGGGGUCGACUGUCAGCACUGCGCUCCCUUCUACCAAGAACGGCCAUGGGCACGGGCCACCGCUGAUUCAGCCAACCAGUGUGUGAAGUGUAACUGCAGUGGUCUUGCUGAUGAAUGCGUGUUCGAUGCUGAGCAGUACCGCAGCACAGGAAGUGGGGGGCGCUGUGUUGGCUGCAGGGAAAACACAGCUGGCCCUCACUGUGAGCGAUGUAGAGAGAACUUCUUUAGAUCAUUACCGCAACAGCCCUGCCAAGACUGCAACUGUAAUGCAAUGGGCUCUGUGAGUUUACAGUGUGAUGCAGAGGGAGUGUGUGUGUGUCGGCCAGGUGUGUCUGGUAUAAAGUGUGACAUUUGCAAGCCUGGCUUCCAUUCUCUCGGCCCUGAUGGAUGCAGGUUGUGCAAGUGUGAUGACAGGGGCAGUGAAGGAGUGUGUUCAGCUGAAGAUGGGCACUGCUAUUGCAAGAAUAAUGUUGAGGGCCAGUCCUGCAACAGGUGUAAACCAGGCUCCUUCAACCUCCAGCUGGAUAACCCAGAUGGCUGUAAGAAAUGUUUUUGUUUUGGACACUCCCUCGCCUGUUCAUCCUCCAAUCAGUACAUGGCUAUGAAUAUUACUUCAGACUUCCUAGAAGAUCCAGAUGGCUGGAAGGGUGUGUUCUCAGAAGGGCACGAACAAUCCCUCAUCUGGAAGGAGGGGGAAGUCUAUCUAUUGCCCUACAGAGAGGAGAAUGGCUUUUACAAAGCACCUGAUAAAUAUCUGGGGAACAUUUUGUUAAGUUACGGACGGCCCCUUAGCGUGACAUUUACAGCUGAGCUGGAGGAACUCUUGCCCAGAAGUGUGACCGUGAUGAUGGAGGGCUCUGGAAUAUUGGUUUCUGCUGAUUUGUACUCUAAACAGGAUCCUUAUUCUCCACUGGAGAAGACACCCACCAACACCUUCACUCUCAGGUUAACAGAGAAGGACGUGAUUCCAUCUAUAGCCUCAUUUGAGUUUCUCCGAAUGCUUUACAAUCUAACUGCUCUAUACAUCAGCAACGCAGGGGGCCAGAACUACACCUCUCAACUUUCCAGGGUAACCCUUGAAUCUGCAGACCAGACAACCUACCAGCCUGAUGCUGAUGCUCCAUGGGUGGAAGUGUGUAGUUGUCCCACAGGAUUCACAGGGCAGUUCUGUGAACUCUGUGCUCCUGGAUCCACCAGGGAAACUCCUAAUGGUGGACCCUUCUCCCCAUGUAUACCUUGCAACUGCAAUCAACAUGGGACCUGCCAUCCUGAGACAGGUGUGUGUGACUGCACAGACUUCACCACCGGCCGUUAUUGUGAGCGUUGUGAAGAUGGUUACUAUGGCAAUGCACUGAUUGGCAGCUCAGGCGACUGCUUACCUUGUCCUUGUCCAGAUCGCACCACCUGCGCCCAGGUGCCAGAGACGGGGGACGUGGUUUGUACCAACUGUCCGAGAGGCCAAAGGGGUGUACGGUGUGAAUUGUGUGAAGAUGGUUACUAUGGAAGCCCUCUGGGCUGGGGUGGCACAGUGCAACCGUGUGUGAUGUGCGAGUGUAAUGGGAACGUGGAUCCCAACGCUGUGGGCGUGUGCGAUCACAUGACUGGACGCUGUCUGAAAUGCCUUGGACAUACGACUGGGGACCAUUGUGAAAAAUGCAGAUCAGGUUACUACGGCAACGCUUUGGCCAAGGACCUCAAUCCAGAGCGAAAGUGCAAACCUUGUGCCUGUAACGUGGCUGGGACAUCUGGUUCCCUGAAUGACUGCCAGUCGGACACAGGACAUUGUGUUUGCCUAAGUCAUGUGAUCGGAAGAGACUGUGGACAGUGCGAAUCUGGCUACUUCAACCUGCAGCCAGGCUUGGGCUGUGAGAUGUGUAACUGCAAUCCCAUUGGCUCCUCCUCUUCAGCAUGUCAUCCAGUCACAGGACAGUGCAUGUGUCGAACUGGUGUUUUGGGGGUGUCAUGUGACACUUGUCGAAUGGGAUUCUUCGGUUUCUCCUCUAGAGGCUGCAGAGCAUGUAAUUGUGACCCCAUGGGCUCAACCUCAAUGCAGUGCCAUGACAACGGUACGUGUUCUUGUCGCCAUGGGUUUGUCGGCUAUAAGUGUGACAAGUGUGAACUGAACUACUACCAGAACCGCCUGACCCACCAAUGUGAGGAGUGCCCUGUGUGCUACAGUCUCAUCAGAGACCAGGCCAGUAAACUGAAAGCCAGACUGCUGGAUUUGGAGACGCUGCUCAGUGGUUAUGACUGCAAUAGAUACAGUCGGCAGUAUCGUGGGCGCCAGCAGCACAGGCACCAACAUAAUGGGCUGGACAAUCAUAUACAGAAGGACCAGGUUGAAGACUAUCUGCCCAAUGCAUUGGAGGACCUCCUUGCUAUUCAAGAAGCUCGUGAGGCCUUCAUUAAGCAGUUCUCACAAUUGGAAACAUCUGCCCAGACCUUACAGCUACAGCUGCAUAGCAUUGCAAUAGCGCUUAACUGCAAUUUGACAGACAGUGGAAAAGAAUCAGAGAAAGGAAAGACUCUAAAGGGUGAAAAUGAGUGUCAAGAGCUUCUUGACACUUUAUCCGCUGCUCUGAAUAUGCAGGACCAGCUUCAGAAGAUGACUCUUGACCUUAACAGCAUGGUCAUCCCUUCUGUAAUCCCUAAAGAACCAAACAAAUGGAAUGCCAUAGUGAACGAAUCUGAGGUGCUAGUGAAAAGUCACACAGACAUGGCAGCUUAUAUAGAGCAGACAGCAGGGGAUGCCUUUAAAAUGGCUAACAGAACCUAUUCACAGCUGAUCAUUCUACUAGAAGACAACUCCACAGAGUCUCAUGUACAGGAUCUCACAGAGAAGCUAGAGGAGAUGCAGCAGUUAAAGGAGAAUCUGACUCUUGGGGUUAAUGAGACUUUAGUGACACAUCUGUCACUUCAGAGGCACAACUCUGAGAUAGCCGCCAUUUUAGAGAACAUCACUGCUUCACUAUCAGAACUACGCACAACAGAAGGCAAUUUCACCCUUGCAGAGGAGGAGUUCAUUAUAACAUCUUUCUCAAAGAUGUUUAAUCAAACAAAUGUCACAGCAAACCAGGAUACAGAACUUACAAAGAGCGAGGACCUGAUGAACAGGACAACCGAGUUGGACGCUUCUGUUCAGUCAAAAGAGCUCAUGAUAAAUAUGACUAUAGAGGAAAUUCAGCCUCACGUGGACAGUGCUGAAAAACACCUGAAAACUGUUCAAGAGCUCAAAGAGCUGACGGCUGCGGCUGAGGGAUUUAAGGUGUCAGCCGUCUCCUCUGUGGUGACAGGGAAAGAGGUUGAGGCGGAGUUCCUGUCUCUACAGAAGGUUCUGGAAGACAUGGAACAAGACUGGCCUCGGCUGCCUACACUCAGCAAAGGGUAUCUGAAGAGAGAGAAGUUGCUGAAAGAGAAGACCCUGGUGGAUGUGAAAAAAAAAGUCAAGCAGACGGAGAAAAUGAUCAAACCUGCUGUGGAAAACGCUACGGCUGCGAGCAGCACAGCUAAACAAGCAAAGGAGUCUGCAGAUGCAGUGGCUAAAGAUGCCAAGGCAUCUCUCACACAGGGGAAACGGGCAAAACAUGCAUCUGGACAGUUGCGUUCAGCUGUGGACAUCACCAUGGAGCAGUUGACUGAGCUGGAAAGCCAAUCUGUGCAAAAACAGGAAACCAUGGAGGCAGAGGAAGACAUGGUUUCUUCAAGGAGUGUGAUAAACAAAAUGGAGACAGCCAAGAAGCAGCUAGAGUCUUUUACAAACACGCUAACUCUGCUCCUUAAACAACUGGAAGCUAAUGUGGUGCUGGAGAACUACGAUCGUAUCCUGAAUGAGACCGCAUCCCGUCUUCAUGUUCUCCAGGCGGCUGUGGAGAGUCCGUCUCUCACUGGAAAGAUCCAGAUGCUUCGUACCGCAGCACACGAUCAAGAGAAACAACUGCAAAAUCUUGAACAGAACCUGCAGGACAUACGAGAAGAGAGAGACAGUCUGACAGACAUCGCCCAGAACUUGCCCAAAACAUGCCCACAAAAAGGGCACUGAGCUGGUGGGAGGAAGAAGUCUAUCAGUUCUCUAGUCUUGUUAGUCACCUCAGAAAAUCAGAAUCAACGAAAGCUAUAGAAAAAAAAAAAAAGCCUGGGAAAACCCAGACAACUUCUGGCAAAUUUAGAUUUGCUCUGCAAAUUAAUAACUCAGUUACAAACUGAGAUGGUCUGGUUUUAACCAGGCUAGAAAAAAAUGGAACAAACCUCUGUAUUCUUCUUUCAGCUGUGUCUGUUAUAAAAGCAAAUCUGAACAUAUAAAUGACACAUUAUAAUGUAAAUUGUUUAUAAACAUGCAUUUGUGAAGGCAGAGUGACUUUAUUUACUUAUUUACUCUAGUGGUAAGAAGUCAAAAAUCCAGGUGAAUGCAUUUAUACACUAGCACUUUGAAUUGAAAUCACCAGUAUAGUUAAACAUAAUGUCAGUGUGAUCAAUACUGUGAUUCUAUAUAGAAUAACACUGAAAUUUGAAUAUUGAUGUUUUGCAGACUUAAUUAUAAGUGUACUGUAGUAAAAUGCAACUUUCCCAUACAUUUACCCAAAACUAAUGGUCAUUCCUGUAAAUAUCCCGUCCUUUUUUUGGCCACUUGGGGGUGCCAUCUACACAAAUUAAUGUGGUUGUUUUAAUUUACACUGCUGCAUAGGAGUUUGAAAACUGAAAAUAAUUAUGGUUUAAUUGUCAGUAAAUCAAGAUCAAAUAAACAUAUUGCGUCAUGCUGCUUUCAAUAUAGUGUGAUCAUACAUUGAACAUCACUACUUUUGAGCAUGUUGAUAUGCAACAUUACUUAUUUAAUGUCUAACAUGGCAUAUUAAAUAUUUAUUUUUGUGCUUAUUA